AUGUCGAUGGGAUGGGUCGCGGCUGUCACGGCGGCAUUGCUGCCCGUUGUGCACAGCAUCACGCCUGAACUUAUGCUUUCUGCCCCUCGCUACAGUGCAGCAUCUCCCAAUCCAAGCGGAGAGUGGGCGGUGUACACCUCAACAAAUUACUCUUUCGAAACUCAUGAAGCAAGCACUGUGYGGAAGAUCUUGAACAUCCCCACAGGCGAGAUCUCGGACCUUGAUCUUUCGAGCGAUGCUUCGGAGAUUGUGUGGGUGGGACCAACUGAUACCAGCGUGCUGUAUAUCAAUGAUACGAGCGAUGAUGUGAAUCCUGGUGGAGUCUCAUUGUGGACUGCAGAUCUGGCAGAUUCUCCCAUCACGAGCAAGCUCGUGGCCUCACUUCCAGCGCCUUACUCCGGACUGAAGGCUGUUCAGACCGAAUCUGGAGACAUCAACUUCGUCUUGAACUGCCUCGCAUAUGCCAACAAUGGCUCUGCAUACAAUCCAGAGCUUGCAUCCACUCCACUCACCACUGGUCGACUCUAUGACAGCAUCUACGUCCGUCACUGGGAUACCUGGCUCGCUCAGGAACGCUUCGCGGUCUAUUCUGGGUCUCUCAAGAACGGCACCUCAGGCUUGAACUUUACCGGAUGGAUGACAAACCUUCUCAAGGGAAUGGAGGCUCCUGUUACACGACCAGAAUCGCCGGUGCAGCCAUUUGGUGGCAGUGGAGAUUAUGAUCUUUCUCCAGACGGUAGCCAGGUGGUCUUCCUCACCAAGGCUCCAGAAUUUCCCAAGGCAAACUACACUGCCAGCUACCUCUACCUUGUCGCUCACGAUGGUUCCUCCGUUGCGACGAACCUCAAUGGUCCAAACAGCACUGCUCCAGAAGCUGCCAAGGGUGCGAGCGGCGCUCCAAUGUGGUCGCCAGAUGGCAAGAAGAUCACCUUCUACCAGCAGGAUGGUGUUUCGUAUGAGUCCGACCRCAGCAAGAUUUACGUUGCGGAUGUCGAUUCUCGCCAGAUCUCUCCUGUUGCGGGUGAUUGGGAUGUCUCUGCUGGAUCGAUCAAAUGGAGUCCGUCUUCUGAUGAACUAUAUGUUGCCGCUGAUUGGAUCGGCGCCACAAGAUUGUUCAUCUUGCCUGUUGAUGCUGCUGCGGAUUACGUGCCCACCAACAUUACCGACGUUACUUCCAUUUCCGACUUUUUCGUGCUACCCAAUGGAGACGCUCUCGUCUCUUCCAAUGCGAUUUGGGCGUCAUACCUGCUCUACACUGUCACGCCAUCCGCGGAUACAAAGUGGUUUUACAAGUCAAACGAGAAGGAUGCCAAUCUCGCGGGCUUGGGUCCCGAGGAUGUCGACUUUCUCUGGUACAACGGAACUCUCGGUGACGCGCAACAAGCCAUCAUCAUCUACCCAGAGAACUUCAAUUCCAGCAAAGUCUACGAUCUUGUAUUCUACGUGCAUGGCGGUCCUCAAGGCUACACCGGCAACACAUGGAGCAACAGAUGGAACCUCAAGACCUGGGCCGAUCAAGGCUAUGUGGUGAUAGGACCCAACCCAACAGGAUCCACCUCGUACGGACAGAACCUCACAGACCGCAUCCAAGGUCGCUGGGGAGGUUGGCCAUAUGAAGAUCUGGUUAACGCUCACACAUAUAUCUGUGAUAACCUCCCAUACGUCAACUGCAGCAAUGCCGUCGAGGCCGGUGCUUCGUACGGAGGCUACAUGACCAAUUGGAUCCAAGGCCACGAUCUGGGUAAAGAAUUCAAAGCUCUCGUCUGCCACGAUGGUGUGGCAACUACAUAUGCCGACUACAGCACAGACGAACUCUGGUUUACGGAGCACGAUUUCAAUGGGACCCUUUGGGAAGAACCCGGCAGGUCCAACUACAUGGCAUGGGAUCCCAUGACGCACGCCAACAACUUCUCCACGCCGCAGUUCAUCGUGCACAGCGAAUUGGACUAUCGGCUUCCUGUGAGUGAGGGUCUUGCCAUGUUCAAUGCUCUGCAGACGUUGGGAGUGCCGAGUCGCUUCUUGACUUUCCCGGAUGAAAACCAUUGGGUGUUGAAUCGUGAGAACUCAUUGUUUUGGCACACGGAGAUUUUCAAUUGGAUCAAUUACUGGACGGGGAAAAUUGAUAGCUUGGAUGGGAAUGCCAUUACGAUGUAG